AUGGAAGGGGACGAUCUGUUCGGCGGAUACGACAUCUACUACGGCGCGGAGCUAGACUUCGGCGGAGAUGCGGAGGCGGAGGUGAAGGUGGAGGAGGGAGAGGAGCAGGUAAUGGAGGACGCCAAGCCACUAUCUGCCGAAGAAGAAAUCAGGGGCAGUGCCAUGGAAGCUGAACCUGCUCCAAAAACAGAGGUUGAGGUAAAGCCGGAAUCGAAUCAACUGGCUGGGGAGCAAUGGAUGGGUGUGUGCAAAGCGAUCGCCUCCAGUCUUGGGGUGUCGUUUGCUGGCCAAGAUUCAGAUGCAAAGGACCUCAUCGAUGCUGUUGCAGCAUGUGUGUCAAAAAAUGCAAAAUUCAAGGAGGAACUGGAUGAUCAAGCACGCCGGAUCGCCACCCUGCAGCUUCAGCUGUCCGGGACGAACAUGGAGGGCAUCGAGCUGAGACGGGCCCUGCACUCUGCAUGGCAGUCGUCGGAGCCUGCUGUAAUCCAGCUGAAGCAGCUCCUGCUGGACCCCGCAGUGUUGAAAGAGUUCCAGCACCUGAGGAGCGAGUACGAAAAGUCGCAGGCUGAGCUGAAGAAGGCACAGCAGGAGCUGGAGGCUGUCACCUUCACCCAGGACAGCAAGGCAGGAAGGAUGCUGAUGGCCAAGUGCAAGACGCUGCAGGAGGAAAACGAGGAAAUGGGACGGGAGCUGUCGGAGGGCCGCAUCCACCACCUGGAGACGCAGCUCGCCUUGGCCAAGAACUUCGCCGACGAGAUGCGCCGCAAGUAUCUCGAGCUGGAGGAGCACUGCUGCGCCCUAGACGAGGAGGCGGAGGACCUGCAGCAGGCAGCGUUCAUGCUCAAGGGCAAUCCGCCGCCGCCGCCCCCGCCCGCGCCGCUGCCGGCCUCCGGGGGCGGCCACCCCGACUACCGCGAGGGCGGGGGGCGGGGGUCGUACGACAGGAAGCCCAGGGGGAGGUCGCGGGAGAGGAAGAGGGGCCCGCCGCCCGAGGGCAGGCCGCCACCCCCGGAGAGGGGGACGCCGGCUGAGAGGGGCCCCCCAGUGGAUCGGCCGCCGCUGUUGCCUGAGCGGGGCCCGCCGGAGAGGGGGCCCUACCCGCGUGGCUCGGACAUGUACUCGAGGAGACGAUUUAAAUGA